UCAAUCCCCAACGCACUUUUCCAUAACCAAUCCACUUCACCUGAUUCUUCCUUUACAGUACAUCACUCGCCGGAAAAAUCAAAAGGUUAUCGGAGAAAAUGGCGAACAGUUUAAUUCUAUCGAUUAAGGUUGUGCUAAUAUCAAUUGGUGCAAUUUCCUUAGCGAUGGUAGCAAAAGCGUCGAUUCCAUUAAUUUAUCAUGAGCUACCAGCAAUUUGGAGUGUAGUUAUAGCUUGGCUUAAGCCUCCGUAUCUCUACUUUGUUAUUAACGGUAUAAUCCUCAUAAUUUUCGCUACUUCUCGCUCGUCACACCAUAAGGAGUACUCCAGCUCCGACGAACAACUCCAACCGUUGAUUACCGCUAGAACACCUCCGCAGUCAGAUUUGAUAGCGAUUUCUCAAUCGGAGCUUCAUUCAGUCCAAAGUGAAGUGAAGGUGUUUGAGGUUAAGCCAGUACUGGUGAACGGCUCCGUCGUGGUUAUGAAUCAUGAAGAUGAAGAUCACGAUGAUCCUGAUGAAAGCGAAGCGAUCGUGAUUUCAAAAUCAGUUGUUUCUCCGUCGCCGGAAAUUGAAUCUAAAAAUGAGCUGCUUCUAAUACCGGCAACUGAGAAACCUCUGGUUUCUUCCAGAUUCGGUAACAGAAAACCUGCUGUGAAAAUGAGUCCAGAAGGGGUGAAGUCACUGAAAGUGUCACGGUCGAAAAAGCCAGAGACAUUAGAGAACACAUGGAAAAUGAUAACAGAGGGUCGUCACGUGCCACUCACGAGGCAUAUGAAGAAAUCAGACACCUUUCACAUUCACGGGCGGCACGUGGCGGCCGUGGACGACGACGCUCCGGAGGAAAACGAAAAUUCCACCACCUUUCCACCUCAGCACCACCACCAGAGGCGCGUGCUUAAGUCGGAGACUUUCAAGGACCGAACAAACUACGUCUCGCCGUCGUAUUCACCGUCGCCGAUGGCAGUGAAUAUCCGGAAGGAUCCGUCGCUGAGCUCCGACGACUUGAAUCGGAAAGUGGAGGCGUUUAUUAAGAAGUUUAAUGAAGAUAUGAGAUUACAGAGGCAACAGUCUAUGCAGCAGUACAUGGAGAUGAUUAACCGUGGAGUCUAAAUUACUUUAGUUUUACUAAUUUUAUUUUUAAAAAAGAUUUUUUUUCCUUUUAAAAAAAAAGGUUGACUAAAAAAAAAGAAAAUGAAUUUAUGACUUGUUUUUUUGUUUGAUUUUUAUAGUAAAUAGCAAGUAUAGUAAAGUUUUUAUUGUAUAGGAAGUAUAGGAAAGCUUUAAAUACAGUGAAUUGUUCUUUUAUUUGUUAUAGUUUAUUAAAUGAAAAAAAAUGAAAAAUGUAGCAGUUACAGUUGUUA